AUGUCCAAUACCUGGGACAGGAACCCCUGCGAUGCGCCGUGGGGGCCAGGGUUUCGAGGAGGCCAACCUCGCAAACUCAUCCCUCUCACAUCUGUCUGUCAGCGCUGGCGCCGUAUCCUCCUCGAUACACCUCUCCUAUGGUCAACUAUCGAAGAAAAAGGUUACAAGGGCGUUCCCGACUUCACGCACUAUGUACAUCGCUGUCCUCGCGGAUCCUUGUCCGUUCGUAUCCACAGCCGACUGCAUGAUAUUACUCGGGAACUCCUGGCGCGUCAUGGCGAGCGCGUCCAGGACCUGCACAUCAUCGACAGCGUUUUCGGCGACGGCGGCGGCGAGCUCCUUUUUGGCCUGGUCCCUUCCUUCCGAGCCGAGGAUUUGCGCCGUUGUCGGCUCCUUCUGCACAACAGACAGUACACCGGACCGCCUUUUCAAACGUUCUUCCACGACGGACGUGCCCCGCAGCUGCGCCAAAUGUGGCUGGAGUCCUUCCCAUACCUUCCAAGCAACAAAUUCCCAGCCCUCACCCAUCUCGUCAUAGACUGUCCGAAGCGAGCCUCCUUCAGCUUUCAGGAUCUCCAGACAUUUCUAUCCGGUUGCGCCGAUCUUCAGGCGCUCCACCUCAGGAAUAUGACCGGGUCUGGGCUGCAAGCCCCUCAAAUGGAGCCGACCGCACCAAGCUCUAUUCACCUCCGGCAUCUCCGCAAGCUAUCGAUAGUCGACAAGCUGCAACCUCGCAGAUCGCCUACCUGGGAUCAGACCGCCCGGUUCGUGGCCGGCCGCGGUGCCAUACAACUUGCCCUCCUGUCGUCCAUCACGCUCCCUUCCCAGUGCCUCAUCUAUCUCUCCCACAUCUCUUCCACCGACCUCAAAUCCCUGGCCGACCGCAUGUCCACUCUCGUCCAACCCUCGUCCAUGCGCAUCGUCGACGCGCUUCAGGACGACUGCUCUCCGAGAAAAUCAGGGCGAAUAUCGCUCGUGCUCCUGCAGCCGUCGGCGUCCCGCGGCGUGCGCUUCGAUGUGCAGUACCGCCGCUGCAACGAGGACGAGGACGCCGUCAAAAAGAACAUGUGCCGUGCCAUUGCCGCCUCGCCGCUAUUCGCCGACGUGCGUGAGCUCUGGGCGGACGCCGGCUCCGCGGACUUCCUCCGCUGGCCAAAUUCGAUCUUUGGGAGCCUCCCCCGUCUCACGUAUCUUUCUAUACACCACGAAACAGACACGCCUUACCAGCUGAACUACGUGCUCGAGGCCCUCCGGGAGGUGCUGGCCGGAGGCGAGCUCGUCUGUCCCGAGCUCGACACCUUGGUGCUCACCAUCAACGCCGUGUAUCUGAUCGGCCAGGUACGAGACCUGGUCCUGCGCCGCAAGAACCUUGGACGGCCCCUCACACGCCUCUGGCUCUGGUUGGACCUCGGGAAGGCGAACGAGGCGGCGCGAGCGGAGGCGCGGGCGCUGACCGGCCUCGUGGAGCACUUCAUCUUGUUCGACUGUUUCGAGAAUGCGGGGGAAGAAUAUUACGAGGGAGAAGAUGGCGACGGAGAUGGCGACGGAGAGGAUGCCCCGGAGAGCGGUUGGGUCCGUUCUUGGGAUGAACGGGUCCCGGAGGAUUGUGGCGUCGAGGACGAGAUAAAAGACCAUUGGCCGAUAUGGGUGGAACGAGGGCUGGAUUGA